AAACCUACACCAGAAGCACAACAAAUAAAUUAUUUGUUGCCCUCACAUCCGUUUUCCACCCCAUAGGGCCAUAGUUCCAAAUUCCGUUAAAGUAUAUUUUCGGUGAACACUAAACGUCAAUUUUCAUGCAAUACUCAAACUGAAUGCCCAAACACAUCGAACCAUCCAAAUACAAUGGAGCAGACAAUGGACGAACUGCUUUACCAUGAACUCAUCAACGCCAUAAAUAAUCCACAGCCUAAGGAGAACCAUUUGCCGCUUCGAACCCAACUCAAUCCCAAUGCUGUCGAGUUUGUUCCUUCGUACAGAAAAUCAGUGCCGUGUAAGAGUGAUGAUUGUAAAAUAGACGUACAUUUGAGGGCCAAUGGAAAGGGUGAUGCUAAUGUCAACUGUGAACAGAUCAUCGUGGAGACCCCUGAGCCUCAACAGCCUGGCAUUGAUCCACUCACCCACGAAAUGAAAACAGAGGCCACUUCAACUACCACUCUUUUGCAGUUCGAUGAACCGAUUGGAGAUGUGCAGCGCCAUCGGGACAUGAUCUACAAUUUACAGAAGGAGGUGCUAGAGAUGUUGAGUCAGCUGGGCGGAAAGGGCCAGCCCCUAACAGGUAUUACUGUGACCCUCGCGCCAGAUGAGCGUAGCCUGAACGUUCAGUUCACAGGUCACGACCCCAAUAUUAAUCGACAGAUUGAUGCUCUGGCUUGUGAAGAAGCCUCCUUGCAUCUUGAUUUUGGUAACAUGGGCGCGAUUGCCAGCAAACCCUGUAAUGUUCUCGUAGCUCAGUUCCUACGACGCAUGAGCGACAUAAUCAAUGACCGCAUUAAGUGGAAUCAGGACCUAAUCAACGCAAAGUACACAAAACGUAACUACACAGAGGAUGAGAUAGAACGUCAGAUUGAGGGCAUAAAGGCGUUCGAAAAGUUCUUUGCCCUCAACGUGGGUUCGCGGUAUACGGAUAUUUUGGGACACAAUGCGUUUAAGGAACUAUGCGAUAAACUUGGCAUACCUCGCACCAGCCAAUGUAAGAUUAAUUAUGAAAAAGAUCCCACCGAGUGUGGUGUACGCGAUGACAUAAACCAGACGCAUGUCGAAACAGAUGUGGAUCCCUAUACUGCCGACGAUGAUUCGCACGAUGAGUCCACAUAUGGUGAUCACUCUACCUGCGAAGAGCAAUCCAUAUGUGAUAUUGAGGACGAGCCAAUGCAGGAGAAUUCACAGCUUGAUAGUGAAAGUGAAGACCCCUUACCCAGCUGCUCCAGCUGCACAACCACAUCGGAGUAUGCGAACAGCAAGGUCUUUUGCUUCAAGGCCGACGAUGGAGCGCAGUUGCAUGUCAACCAACUCAGCGAAUCCGACAAGCCGCAGCCGAAGACACGACGUCGACUAGGUGUGCCGCACCCAACACCUGCUAUAUCCAAAACGACGACAGGUUUUGGGGCUUGCAAGGCGACGAAUGCCAAAAUUCCCAAGCAAAGGACUCCCAGGCAAACGGGAGGCGGGGUUGGAGCACGCAAGAGUAACGUCCAAAAGGAAGCUAGGACUCAGGGUUUGGCUACGCCUCGUCAUCGCGGUAGCGGUGCAGGUUUGCCACUUCAUAUGGCCGGAGCACGCCCGAAAUCCUAUCAACGGGUUGCAGUGCCCCGAGCGGCUUUGAGCGGCGGCUAUCAAUUGCCAUCCAACACUAGCUCUAAUGCAAGCAAUCGUUCAAUGCGGAGCUCGUACAGAGGGGAGACGCGGUACGUAACUGGAAAUAAACCCAUGUCUACCGCCACAACAUCCCCGGCCAACUACGUAAAUUUAGGCAAGCCAGUUAAGGCUAGACAGACAUCAUCGGGGGCACAGAAAAUUGUGCCACGCGGCACAGCAACGUCCAUUAUGCGACAAACUGAGGUGCAGCGGCGUUUAAGCCUAUUUAAAGGAUCCCAGCCAACUGAUGUUCAAUACGGUGAAUAUCUAUUCAAGUAACACGAGCUGGACUUUUUCUUCAAUAAUUUUAAGUUUAUGAAACUAUUCCAUUUUUAAACUGUAUAAAUUUUGUUGUUAAAAAGACAAAAUAUUGAUUUUAAAGGUUUAUAAUAA